GACUAGUGACUACUAACCCAAUCAUUUUGCCCAGUACAUACAAAUGCCCCUAAUUUCAGCAUCACUCAAAUCCCCAAUUCUUCUUCAUUCUCUCUCUAACCGAUCCUUAAACCCUAGAUUCAUCUUCAGCACCUUUCUUGAUUCUCGAGCAGUUGUGAAACAAACAUUUUCCUUCCGGCAAGUAACUAGAGCUUAUUCCAAUAUGUCAGGCGACGGUGUGGCUCAAUUCAAUCUGUCCCCCACGAGUUUCCUCAAGAUCCAGAAAGGAGAUAUCACUCGCUGGCUCAUCGAUGGCUCAUCCGACGCUAUUGUGAAUCCAGCAAAUGAGCGGAUGCUUGGUGGUGGUGGUGCUGAUGGAGCUAUACAUCGUGCUGCCGGCCCUGAACUGAAAACAGCAUGUUAUGACGUUCCUGAAGUCCGCCCUGGUGUUCGUUGCCCAACUGGAGAAGCAAGAAUCACACCAGGGUUUAAAUUGCCUGCAUCUCAUGUAAUCCACACCGUUGGACCUGUUUAUGAUGUUGAUAGCAAUGCUCCAGCUUCCUUGAGUAAUGCUUACAGGAACAGCCUGCGUGUUGCAAGAGAGAACAAUAUUCAAUAUGUCGCAUUUCCUGCCAUAUCUUGUGGUGUCUAUGGAUACCCAUUUGAUGAAGCUGCAACUGUGGCCAUAUCUACAAUCAAGGAGCAUUGCGAUGCCAUUAAAGAGGUUCAUUUUGUGCUUUUUUCGGAUGAUAUCUACAAUGUUUGGUUGAAAAAGGCGGGAGAGUUACUCCCAAAUUAGCAUAUGAUUCGACUUCAAAUGUCUACUUUUAUUGAAAGUAUUUAAGUUGGAGAUUGUAUUCAAUAUUUACUGUUAUGGUUACACUUUCAUGCUUUCUCAAGUGUUAAUGUAGGUUUUAGGACCCCUUAUUAGUUUUAA